GCUUUCCAUAGCUCCCCAGGAAACGCAUGCUCGCUGAAAACACCCCUGUCUGUGUCUUCAAUGCAAAUGAGCUCUAUGAGCCUUUGUGCCAUUACACACACAGAUCUUAGGAUUCACCCGGCCCUUGGAAAAAGAGAGUCGUCCAGGGGACAGACCAGGCAGGUAAAACCAGUGUCUGACAAGAAGAUGCACCAGGAACAUCACAAGGGCAACGCAUUCACGACCUGCUGGCUGUUUCGGCAGAAGGAGCGCACAGCUACGGAGCCCAUGGAUAAAUUCACUGCCACCGGGGCUGAGGACCGAGAGGGCCGGCUCAGGGAGCUGUCUGUCAGGUGGUUCAUGGACACCCAGGCCCCGCUAAUCCUGCGGAACGGAAUAUUCCCCAGUUGGUUCCAGGGUUUCAUCACCAGAAAGGAUGCAGAAAAGAUCCUUCAUGAGAAAGAGCUGGGCAGCUUCCUGAUUCGUCUCAGUGACAAGGCCACUGGCUACAUCCUCUCCUACAAAGGCAACGGGCGCUGUCGCCACUUCAUGAUGAGCCAGAGCAAAACGGGACAGUUCAUCGUCGCCGGGGACACGCGAGAACACCCCUCCCUCACGGAACUCAUCGAGUACUACAAGAAGAGCCCUAUUGAGCCCUUUGGGGAAUAUCUGACCUACUCCUGCUUAGAGGAGUGUGCUGAGGAGCUGUAUGACAUGAUCCAGGUCAGCCAUCAUGAAAAGCCUCCAGUUAACACCAGAGCCAGGAUGCCCGUUACCGUGGCACCACAGAGCCAUCAGAAACCCGAGGAAAUGCCACCGCUGCCCAGGCGGAGGAGAGCGCAGGUGGACGGCUGUGUGAGCGACGGGCGGGGCUCCCCCUGUGGCGGGGAGGCGUCACUGGCCCGGCCGGGGAAGCCCAGCAGCAGCAGCAGCCGGGAGGGGGGUAGAGUCCUGGCCGAGAGCACCCCAGGGAGGGCCGCCUGGCUGGAGCCCGAGACCCCCAGGAGCAGACCCCCUCGUCCUCCUCCUCCUCACCAGCUCCUCCUGGCCGGCCCCCCCACCAUCACCUCCACCUCCGAGCCGCCGCGCACCGUCUACUCCCUGCUCCAACCGCUGGAGGCCAAGAGCGCGUCCCUCCCCCUGCUGCUGGACGCCCCCUCCGAGAGAGAGGCGCCGCCCCGGCUCAGCCCACCCCCCCCGAGACCCUCCCCCCGGUCCUCCCCCCGGUCCUCCCCCAGGUCCUCCCCUACGGGGGGCGCAGGCGCUGGGGCCCGGGGCCAGCAGAGGGGGAAGAAGCACGGUGGUGCUGGUGGUGCUGGUGGUGCUGGUGGGGCUAGAGGUGGUGGUGGGGCCAGAGGUGGAGGCCACAGCAGACCGGUCAGCAGCCACAGUCUGGACUACCUCAGCUCCAGCCCUGUGUACCACCUGGCCACCGCAGGCCAGGGGCCGGUCGACGGCGAGGAGAGGUCAGCGCCACCAAACAAGGACUAUGCUUCCGGCUUGUUUGACGACGACGCGUACGAGAUGUUACCCGGUGCAGACGGCCCGCCGUUGGCCCGGGGGGAACCCAGACGGGACUCCCACACCUAUGAGUCCCUGGAGGACCUCCGAGUGAAACCUGUGGGCCCGUCGGCUGGGGCCAAGGAUGAAAGGUGGAAAUGGUUUCCAGAGAUGAAGUGGAAGUGACGCAGAGACGCCCACAGCUUCUGCUGCAGUCCAACACUAUGGCUCAUCAUCCACUCCUUUUGAUGCAACUUUCGAUACAUACUUUAAAUGAUUUGAUAAAAAUGUCAAACGCAGCAUGUUAUUUUUUCAAGUCAUUAUUAUGAUAAAAGUUGAUUGUAUUGUAUUUUCUCUUCCAUGUACAUUUCAAUAAAUAUUUAGGGGUCCUAUGAAAAAUGUAGGAACCCUUUUGUAUUUAU